AUGAACCCCCACCAGCAGAACAAGGUGGACAUCAACAAAAUGUCCGCCGAAGAAGCCAAGCUGUUCCGCCUCUACGGCAAACUGCCCAACAAAAAGGACCUGCUACAGAACAAGCUCAAGGUGCGUUCUCAAGCCCUAUCUUGA